AUGAAUAUAACAGAACAGAACAAUGACAAUCAAGAACAUCUGUUAGUAUCUUCCUCUACUAUUGACAAUGAUAAUAUUAUCAAACUUCGACGUAGUUCAUCUAUACUCACAUUGGCAGAACCAGCUCUGUUAUUAAUAGCAACAGAAGAAGAUGAUAAUGAUGAUGGUGAAACAGUAGCUGUAUCGAAAUUAUCUUCUGUGUCUGGUAUUUUAUACGGUAUUUUAGGAUCUUUUUUCUACGUUACACCUACAUUCAUUAUUAAAGAAUUACAAAUUGAUUUACUCGAUGCAGUUAUCAUACGUAUUAUAGUACAGAUUCUUCUAUGUAUAAUCUUCGUUAUCUAUCAUGACUAUACAGUGUGGAUAGGAUCAUUAAAAGAAAAAUGGUUACAAUUUAUUUUAUGUAUUCUAAGUUGUUCUCUGUUUCUCGGAUAUUUUAUUGGUCUUCGUUAUCUUCCUUUUCCUGAUUUUACAACACUCGUUUUUACACGUUUAAUGUGGACAGUAGUCUUUGGUAUACUUCUAUAUAAAGAGAAAUCGACAAUGAUGAUUCUUUUAUCUGUUUGUUUUACAUUUAUUGGUGUUGUUUUCGUAGCACAACCCACAUUUAUUUUUAAACAAAACAGAGUAGUAGAGAUUACUCCAAAUAUAACAAGAGUAAUACUAAAUGAAACAAAUAUACACAAUAUGUAUUAUUUUAAUGAUCGAACAAUUGGUACUUCUCUUGCACUAAUGACAGGCAUUGUAUUUUCAUUUAGCACUCUAAUUCUCAAACAAUUGAUUACUUUAAAAAUUAAAUCAAGUGCUUUAGUUCUACAACAAUCUUUUGCCAUUCUCGUAUGUCUGAUAUUUAAUCAAUUGUAUAAAUAUUUUCUUCUAAAUGAUGUAACAUUCUUUACGUUAACAAUCUUUCAAUGGAAAUAUUGGAUAGCUGGACUAAUUAGUCUAAUACAAAUAUUUGGAGUAAUCUGUGGAAUUCGUGCUUUAAGUCGUGAACCACCGUCUAUUAUUACAAUUGUUGCAGCAUCAGAUAUUAUCUUUGCUGUUCUUCUACAAAAUUUAUUUACAAAGAAUAAAUCUAAUUUAUGGAUUUUACUUGGAAGUGCAUUGAUUUUAUUAAGUGUUAUAUUUAUUGGUGUACACAAGUUUAUGCAAGAACAAAAGGCUAAAAAGAAACGAAUGGAAAUGGUCAUGAUAUCAAAAACUGAGACAUAA